CGCGUUGCGCGUCAGUUGCAGUGUCGAUUAGAGUUAUUGACAGAUCGUGUUAUUAUUGGCUUUCAGCCCUUGUGUCAACUUACCCGCAAGCCGCAGACGCCGCAGUCAAAAAGCAUCACUCUGUCACGCAGGCCCAUCCCUCGACCGCCCGCUGAUGAAUCGACCCAGGAUCCCAUUUGCAGGACUGUCUCCUGGCUUGUAACGCUGUUCAAGUUGCUCGUCAUUUGCAUUGGCGGCCCCAGCCUCGUUCGCUCGUUGCUUCUAUCAUCUUCACUGAAAAGCCAUGGACCUCUACGGUCAAAACAACGAUUACCCCGCCGAUUCGGCGUACAACCCCCAUAUUGUCAACGAUCAUGAACAACAGCACCACCAACAACAACGAGAGGACCAAGACGCCGCACUGGUUCAGAAUGGCCAUCAAUCUCAAGCUCCUUCCGCCGCCACUCCUCCCAUAGACAACGACUCGGCCCAGAGAUACAAUUCACCGAAUCUAUACCAACAACAACAAUCCAAUUCAAGACCAGGCUCUGGAAUGGGCGGACAACAACAACAAACACAGAACAACCAAGAAAACAGACAAUCACAACCGGCAAACAAGAGCAGUGUCGUCAUCAAGGUCGGCAUGGUUGGUGAUGCCCAAAUAGGCAAGACCAGCUUGAUGGUUAAAUAUGUCGAGGGCAGCUGGGACGAAGAUUACAUUCAAACGUUAGGUGUCAAUUUCAUGGAAAAGACGAUUUCGAUACGCAAUACCGAAAUCACCUUUUCGAUCUGGGAUUUGGGCGGUCAACGCGAAUUCGUCAACAUGCUCCCCUUAGUGUGCAACGACGCCGUCGCCAUCCUAUUCAUGUUCGACCUUACUCGCAAGUCUACCCUAAACAGCAUCAAGGAGUGGUACAGGCAAGGCAGAGGGUUCAACAAGACAGCCAUCCCUUUCUUGAUCGGGACCAAAUACGAUCAUUUCGUGAAUUUUCCACGCGAGGACCAAGAGGAGAUAAGCAAUCAGGCCCGACGAUUUGCAAAAGCAAUGCGUGCCAGCCUCAUCUUCAGCAGUACCAGCCACAGCAUCAACGUCCAGAAAAUAUUCAAAAUUGUUCUCUCCAAAGCCUUUGAUCUGAAGUGCACCAUCCCCGAAAUCGAGAAUGUUGGCGAACCCCUGCUCUUGUAUCAGUCCGUCUAAAACGACCGGUCUGUCGACUACAAGCAAGCCUGCUCAACCACUAAGAAGGUCUUGUCAAUGUCAUGGGAUUUCUUAUCCCAAGUCUGUCUCUUGCCUUUGGAAACAUGUUGUCACUUUUGGUACAUUUGACAUGUCCGACUGCUAUCAAUCCAUCCCAACCAGAAGAGAUACCUACCAACAAACCAAGUUUCGCUCAACGAGACCACCAAAAAGGGGGAGAGUUUCCAAAUUACCACGAAUGACCCUGCGGCCCGCACAUAAAUUUCGGGGGAACCUCCCAAUCAGCCACCUAUUUAUUCUACGAGAUUGUCGACCCGAGGACAUAUAUCCAUCCAUGUCAGCGCUGUGUACGAUGCCAGCCCGUGACAACGAACGAUGUCAGACACUUGUACCCACCAUCCUUUUCCACUUGUCUGUGAAUAACACACUUUGGCACUCUUUCCCGGAGAAAUAUCACGGCGUCCGCAGGGCAUCACUGAGCCUCGAUUCAUCAAGGGGUGGUGGGCGGCGGUCAGAGGAAAAAAGGGGCAAGAGAGUAGGAUUGGAGGGGCUGGAUGUAUGGAUGAAAUGAAGAGAAAGGGGUCCAUUUCAUCCUUUGCAUGAGGGUCAAGGAUCGGCAGCACGGCAUCGGUCAAUCGACCAAGACGGUGUUUUGCAUUCGCAGGAAUAUGGAUACUCCUUCGCUCGCUCGGCCUGUAUUCCAAAUGGGAAAAUUGAGGGAUAAAGAGUUGUGCUGAAGUGCCAUACGAGGCUUUCUUUUUGUUCGUAUUCUAGCCCCAUAAAUCUCAGCCGGCAUGGGGUGUCUUCACAGCCUUGCAAGAUGCGUGCUGAGACACAACGCUGAGCUUAGCUCUGUAUUCUACUAGUAAUACUUUUACUACUGUCACAUGUGCUUACUUUUCAUAUUUCA